CUUACUUUACUCUCUCCCUAAUCCCAAUCUCCACUUCGCAAACAUCAUCACUUGGACUCGCAAAGUCACACUCAUCCUCUCUUUCUCUCUCUUUAACCUUGUGACUUUCUCGCUCUACAAUUCCAAAACCCUAGCCCUAUCUUCACCUCCUCCGUUUCUUUUCAUCGCCCUAAUAAUGGGUUCCGAAGGAUCAAGUGUUGUUGUUCCUAGGAAUUUCAGAUUAUUGGAAGAGCUUGAGAGAGGUGAGAAGGGAAUUGGAGAUGGAACUGUAAGCUAUGGAAUGGAUGAUGCUGAUGAUAUCUACAUGCAAUCAUGGACUGGGACAAUUAUAGGUCCCCCUGGUACUGUCCACGAAGGGCGUAUCUACCAAUUGAAAUUGUUUUGUGGUAAGGAUUAUCCAGACAAUCCACCAUCUGUUAGAUUUCAGACAAGGAUUAACAUGACUUGCGUCAACCAAGAGACUGGAGUGGUUGAACCACAAUUGUUUCCCAUGCUUGCUAACUGGCAAAGAGAGUGUACGAUGGAAGACAUUUUAUUGCAAUUGAAGAAAGAAAUGUCGUCUCCACAGAACAGGAAGCUAGCUCAGCCUCCUGAAGGAAACGAAGAAGGAAGGAUUGAUCAGAAGGGGCUGGUGGUGAAAUGUUGUAUUGUGUAAUCCAGGUGAGAGCCCAGCCCAAGAGUAAUAAUGUAAAUAAUUAUAUUCAAUAGAUGAUCUCCCCUCACGGAUUAAUGCAUUUAUAAAUGUAAUUAUGGACCAUCUGCGUAUCUUAUGUAACCUGGAGCAAUCAAAGAGCCUCUAUUUGAUCUCUGAAUUUAUCGUGAAUUCUGUUAAACUGCUUUUAUGAUGACAUCUGAUUUGGCUGUUGGAACUAUUUAUCUUCCUUUUCGAAUGUAUUGUGUCUAAGUCAAUGUGAGCCCGUCUGUAUACUUUAUGCUGAAAGUGUGGCAAUAACAGUGGAUUUGUCAUUGAA